AUGGGGUACGAAACAUCCAAUAGCGCUUUCGAGCGCUCGCCUAUUGAAAUAAUCACCCAGAUAUUCAAGGUUCUAGAAGACCCCAACGAUAUCCACUCACUGCUACUUACAUCUAAGACGUUAUACAAUGUUUAUUCUUGUAACAAGCACCAUAUCGCCAGAAGUCAUAUCUUCCGCUUGCUCGACCCAGACGACUACAAGCUAGCAGUCAUGGCAAUCGAGUCUCGUAAGGUUGAUCCUCUUGACCAGAAUUCUCUGACGGAGUUCUUUAACAACUACGUCCACCAUGAUGAGUGGGAUAUCGAAUUGUUCCGGAUGGGGACCGUUCAUCACCUUCCCGAACUCAUCACUGCUGCUUCACGUCUAGAACAUUAUGGUACUAAUUUUAGGGCAGGAGAUAGUGUAAUUCAUGAUUCGCCCACAGAAAAGGCUCGAAAAUUCCGUGCCUAUUAUAUGCAUGAGAUAGGAACAAAUCUCUUCCAUCGCUUUCCCGAUCCGAACCGGCCACCUUUGAUAGAGGCCCCGUAUAAUGAAUGGGUGGUGAAAUUCUGGGCAAAUUUCUCUCCGGCGGAAAUCGUUCAAGUAGAAUUAAUUAAGUAUUGGAUAAGGUGGAAUCUAUUUGACGUAUUUGAAAGGCCUGAUAACCACGAGCUAGUCAUUUCGUGUUUUGGUGAGCAUUCCAUUUUAACUACUGUACCGCGGAGGUAUCUGGGCCAGUUCCAUCGAUUCGCAGAGGUUGCUGGCAUUCAGAAGCUCUACAAAUGGCAUAUUUCAACGGAAAGUGAACCCGACAGUCUUCGGUACGAAUGGUUGCGUUUUAAAGAUGAACUCAAAGAGAGGGAUGGGGAGGAAACCAACGACUCCUUUGAAGCCGUACCAUGGGAACUCUACCGGGAAGCCAUAAAUCGCGGCGGCUCGCGCUUCCAAGCUGACCCUGAAUCCAGCAGCGACAUAUUUUGGAACUAUACCUGGGAUCAAUGGGGCGACUAUAGGAUCGGUGACGUUGACGGUUACGAUGUUUGGCCCAUGUUGUACCUAUUUCGCCAUUUUCGUGACAAAGCCACCAUUGAGCGGCUGCGAAGAAUUAAAGAAGGAAGGCCAUGGUGGGCCGCAUAUGGAUGAGCGUAUCGGGUAGACUACAUGUUUCGUUGUUUGGGGUUAGUUCUGUAGGUAAAUUAUGGAGGUACAACAAUACCGACUGAUCGACAAAUACCUA